AAGGCCAAUGAGCGUUCCGAUUGAGAGAGAGAGCGGGAGAGAGAGAGAGAGAGAGAGAGAGAGAGAGAGAGAGGGAGAGAGAGAGAGAGAGAGAGAGAGAGAGGAGAGAGAGAGAGAGAGACUGUUAGAGAGAGAGCGAGGGAGGGACACAGUGAGAGGGAGGGAGGGAGAGAGGGAGAGAUGGGGAGAGAGACAGAGUGAGAGUAUGCAGCAAGGAGAGAGACAGAGCCAGAGAGAAGCUUAGUUAUUCAGAAAACCCCAUGUGUAUCCAC